AUGUCUUCAAACUCCAAAUCUGGACCAUCCUCGGCAUCCCGAACCCCUCUCACAACCCUCGACCACACCCUCGUGCCCAUGCCAUCCCGCACACACCCAGACCGCGCAGAAGCCCUCGUCUCCCUCUCCAUCGCCCUCAUCGACUCUGCCGUGGAUAUACUUGAAAGUCAUAUCAGUACGGAUGAAGAGCUGUCGAUGGAUAGUGCGUUAUUACCUGGGGGGACGGUCAUUGAAUCGUUUAGAGCUUUCCUAUUGAACCUCUAUGACAACCCCAGACCGCUCUCGGAGGUACCAGAGAUCAACUACGACAAUAUCCUACCUACCACCCGCCGCCCCAUCGCCCGUUCGCUCCCGGCUUGUCGGCAGGCCAUGAGGCAGAUCGGCGAAGAUCUUACGGCAUGGAGUGAGAUCUGCAGACGGCGGGGCAGUGCGAUGGGUGGAAGUGGGGGAAGUGGGGUGGAGGGGAAUCCUGCGGGGCUGGGGGGGCAGGAGGCGGAGAGGCGCAAUGGACUGGUGGAUGAGAUGGAUCGGAUGGUGCAUGUGGUUGCUAUAACGCCUACAAAGCAGGAGAUGGGGAGUACCGUGGGGCGAGAAAAUUUGACCUUGCCAGUAGAGUUUGGUACAGCACCCUCAACGUUGCUAUACCGCGGCUUGUCUUGGAAACCGCCAACAGAGGGGCAGACGGUCAAAGUCAUUCGCACCAGUAAACUCUAG